CCCCACACUAAUUCGUCAUGGCAUCUCAUCUCAAUGCAAACAAGAAUGUGGUGGUUUUGGGAGCAGGCGUCGUUGGUCUCACCACCGCCGUUUUGGCCCAGGAGAAGGGCGGCUAUGACGUGACUAUCAUUGCAGAACGCUUCCCUACCGACCCAAAGUCCAUCGACUACUGCAGUGCGUGGGCUGGAGGUCAUCACGUCAGCUUCGCCAAUGGCGAUGAAAGGAUGCAGAAAAUCGACUCCGCGACGUUCAAAAGGAUGUGGGAGCUCUCAGAGCCCCGCGCUGACGCAGAACAUUGCUUCCUUCGCAUUCAGGAGACCCAAUUCUUCUAUGACGGCCGGGAUGGUCAUUACGAGUGGUAUCCCGACUAUGACCCCCUGCCCGAGGACUCCCUCGUCAGCGUUCCAGGUGCGAAGACCGGCUGCACGUUCAACACUCUAACCUUCGACGCCCCGAAGUACGUCGCCUACCUACUAGCGCGCUUCCUCUCGCGCGGCGGCUCCAUCGUUCGCGGCAAGGUCUCGCACAUCAGCCAGAUUGUAGAAGGCGGAGUAGACCUGUUCGCGCGCGGAAAACUAUCGACAAGGCCGGUCGAUGCCGUUAUCGUCUGCGCGGGUCUAGGCGCACGCACACUCGGAGGUGUAGAGGACCAGGCGGUGUACCCUGUGAGGGGCCAGGUCUUGCUCAUCAAGGCUCCAUGGAUACGAUUCGGAAGGACUGCGAGUCAUAACGAGGACGGGCUUUGGACAUAUGUGAUCCCGAGACGAAACGGCGAGGUGAUCAUCGGAGGAACGAAGAUGGAGAACGACUGGUAUCCCGCCGCGCGCCCCGAGACUACGGAAGACAUCUUGCAACGUUGUCUGGCAUUCUGUCCAGAGUUAGCACCGCCUGAAAUCCGUGCGCAGCGUGCGCCGACAGUGGACGAUCUUCGUGCGCUCAUCCUGGAGGCUGGAGUCGGGCUCAGGCCUGCGCGCAAAGGAGGUUUACGCUUGGAAGUCGAGUGGGUAACCAACCCCAGGGGCAACGUUAAGAUACCGAUGGUCUUCAAUUACGGACAUAGUGGGUCCGGUUUUCAGUCGUCGUGGGGGUCAGCGGAGGUUGCGUUGGAACUGAUGGAGAAUGCGUUUUGCGCUGCUUGAAUUGGAUUCAUGAUGUAUGGUAUGCGAUGUCACCCAAGUCAAAAUUGCGAACACAUAGCCCUCAGUCCUGCGAUCUCUCAGAUUUAGCUCACUGGUCCAUGAUGUGUAACCUCUCAGGCCUGUAAGUGAACACCCUACCAGAGCCAGAUUACUCGUAUACUAAAGCAGAUCCGGUG